UAUCUUAUUGUUAUUAUAUUGUUAAAGAGUCCAUACCUUCUCGCUGGUUCUCUGCCACAUAGCUCUUCUCUGUUCUCUGUAGUGCAGUUCCUCAUGGUUUCACAGGGACUCCUCCAGGGCUCUCAACCCACCUCUUUUAUCCCAGCUAUCUUUACCAGCCACAGCUGCUGCCCAACUAAGGACUUAGCAGCUAUGACUCAUUUAGAAUAGCUAGGACCCACUUAUCUAAUAUAAUAUAUAGACUCUCACUAAAUUCCAGUUGUUGUAUUCUUAUUGCUGUUAUAACAAUACAUAUAUUCAGGCCCCCACAAGAGAAAAAGGCGGAUCAAGGCUGAGCUGAGGGAACCACGCCAUCGAUUCCUGCCUGAAUUCGCAGCCCCCACCUGAGGGAUCAUCAUCCCCAAUCGCGCCGGAUUUCCAGGAUUUCCCCAAACCAGGAUUGCCAAGGCCUGGGAGGCUGCGAGGAAGAGGAAGAUGCCCCAGGACACUAAAGCAGAGCAGGAGGUGAGCAUGGAGAGCAGGGAGGACAAAUGCCCGUGGCAGAACCUGGUGGAAGAGGCCGUUUUGAGUGGCUCCACGGCGCAGGAAGCCAACGGGGAGGAAAAGCCCCGGAGAUGCCGCACGAGGAGGGGCUGCAAACGCAGCCGGCGGGGAUCUGAGGGGGAAAGAGCCAGCCUGGGCUGGGAAGGCAGCCAGAGAUGGAGCCAGAGCUCGGAGCUGGUGCUCCAUGAGCAGCUCCAUGAUGGGGAGAAGCCCCAUAUGUGCGAGGAGUGUGGGAAGAGCUUCAGGUGGAACUGCCACCUGAUUGUGCACCAGAGGAUCCACACUGGGGAACGGCCCUACGAGUGUGGGGAGUGUGGGAAGACCUUCAACCGGAGCUACCACUUGAUCAUACAUCAGAGGACCCACACUGGAGAGAAGCCGUAUGAGUGUGGGGAGUGUGGGAAGAGCUUCAGAGAGAGCUCCAACUUGAUCACGCACCAGAGGACCCACACUGGGGAGAGGCCCUAUGAGUGUGGGGAGUGUGGGAAGAGCUUCAGGUGGAACUCCGACCUGAUUGUGCACCAGAGGAUCCACACUGGGGAGAAGCCGUACGAGUGUGGGGAGUGUGGGAAGAGCUUCAGCCAGAGCCCCAACCUGAUCCGGCACCUGAGGACCCACACUGGAGAAAGGCCGUACAAGUGUUCCGAGUGUGAGAUGUGCUUCGGAGAGAACUCCAGCCUGAUGAAGCACCAGAUGACCCACACUUGGGAGAGACCCUGUGAGUGUUCCAAGUGUGGGAAGAGGUUUAAGACUGGCUCCCGUCUCCUCCGGCACUAUCUGAGUCACACGGAGGAGAGGCCCUUCCAAUGCCCUGACUGCGGGAAGGGAUUCAAAGAGAACUCCAAACUCGUCACCCACCGGCGCACCCACACUGGGGUGAGGCCCUACAAGUGUUCCAAGUGCGGGAAGAGGUUUAAGACCAGCACCCAUCUCUUCCGGCACUAUCGGAUUCACAGAGAGGAGAGGCCCUUCCAAUGCCCCGACUGUGGGAAGGGAUUCAAGGAUAACUCCACCCUCAUCACCCACCGGCGCAUCCACACAGGGGAGAGGCCCUACGAGUGUUCCAAGUGCAGGAAGAGGUUUCAGACCAGCUCUGAUCUCAUCCGGCACUAUCGGAUUCACACAGAGGAGAGGCCCUUCCAAUGCCCCGACUGCGGGAAGGGAUUCAAGAACAACUCCCACCUCAUCAUCCACCGGCGCAUCCACACUGGGGAGAGGCCCUACGAGUGUCCCCAGUGUGGGAAGAGCUUCUCCAGGAGCUCUCACUUGACCCAACACCAGCGGAGGCACCACUAAGGGAAGCCCUGUGAGUGCCCCGAGUGUGGGCAGAGCUUCGUGCGCUGCUCCUGCUCCAUCCCCUACUGGAGGAGGCACUUUGGGCACAGCCCUGGUCACUCACAUUCCCUGUGAUCCAUGUUGGGAACACACCUGGCUGCUUCUCCUUUUGGUUUGGCCUUAUUUUUCCUCUGCUUCACCUUCAUCCUUUAAAAACACCCAAAACUGGGUUAAAUGAAGGAAAUUGAUCAAAUGUAUCUGACGUUCCAUAAUUUCUCAGUUGUUUUAGAUGGUAUUUAGAAUUUGGGGACAUGUUCUGUGUGGAGUGCUGCUGUUCCUAAGAGGCAGAAAUUUGAUCUCACCCUUCUUGUGUUGCUAAGAACUCCUCCCCGGACCCAAACCCCAACUCCACCCUUGGGAUACCCUAUAAAAACUCCACGGCUCUGCCUUUGCCUUGUCUUUGGGGGGUAAGAAAUGGAUUCCCAAAGGAUCAGCCCUUUUCCCACUGGAUUCCCAAAAUUUCAGCUUUUCCCACUGGAUUCCCAGAGGAUAAAUCUUCUCCCACUGGAUUCCCAAAGAAUCAGCCCUUUCCCAGUGGAUUCUUAAAAUUUCAGCUUUUCCCACUGGAUUCCCAAAGAAUCAGCCCUUUCCCAGUGGAUUCUUAAAAUUUCAGCUUUUCCCACUGGAUUCACAAAUAAUCAACCUUUUUUCCAGUGUAUUUCCAGAUGAUAAAUAUUUUCCCACUGUAUUCCCAGAGGAUCAGUCGUUUUCUCACUGGAUUCCAAAGGAUCAGCCUCAUUCUCUACUGGAUUCCUAGAGGAUCAAGCUUUUCCUACUGGAUUCCCAAAGGAUCAACCUUUUUUUCCAAUGGAUUCCCAGAUGAUCAACUGUUUCCCACUGGAUUCCUAGAGGAUAAAUCUUUUCCCACUGGAUUCCAAGAUGAUCAACCUUUUUCAUGGAUUCCCAGAGUAUUUUGACUCUGUAUGGUGAUUUGACGGGAAAUAGGUUGUCUAGGAUGUGGUGGUCAAACCAAUGGGUGCUCAGAUUUUAAUAUUGGCACCUGGUUUGGCCCCUGGGACAUUAGAUCCGCCUCCGAGAACACAAGAGUUUAAAGCAGAGCUCUCCCCUGGGCAGCUCUCUUUGGAUUUCCGGUGGGAAAAGGGUUUGGAUCUCUCAGUGGCAGGGGGAGGGGAAGCCACACGGCCGUGAGGUGGCCGGGCCUGGGACAGAGAUGGGAGGUAGGCCCAGCCCAAGGGUGGAAGAAUGGAAGAAGUACUGAGAGGUAUUUCCUGCCCCCCUCCCCCUCGGAGAGAUGAAGGUAGAGAGAGAGAGAGAGAGACAGAGAGAGCCAGAGAGAGCUCUGCCAGGGACUGUUAUCUUGAAAUUUGAUAUCAUGUGUUGUCUUGAAAUUUGAUAUCACGUGUUGCCAGCACAGCCUGCCCGUGUGUCUGGCUGCUUGCAGGAGCUUUUAACCCCUUUGUGGACAAUGAAAACAUUGCAGAGCAUUGACCUUUCCUGGAGGGGAGAUGGAGUGGAAGAUGAAGAGGGAACUGAGCAAGUGUUGAAGGUCUGAGCAAGGGAGAGAUAUGAAAAGAAUAGAGAAGAACUCGGGUGGAAGAGAUGAUGGAGUGGCUGCUUUGCUGGACUCUUUUUGUAUAGCCAUGGACAGAACCAUGUUUCCUUGUGAUAUAGAGACUGUAUCCGGGGGGGGGCAAUGCCCUGGAACCAAGAGGGUUCAGUGUUGGUGCCCCUCGGCCCCAGGGGGAAUAAUUUGGGAGGGGCAGGUGUCCCAAAGGAGAGACUGUGCCCUUUUUGGAAUGGGACAAGGCAUCCUUAAAAGAUGACCCUGGAAGCAGCUCUGGUCCGUGUUCAGUGGUGAGAGCACUGGACAUGAAAGGAAGAGGUCACCAUGGCACAAGAAGGACUCCUCUCCUCUUGAUGAACUGAAGAUUGAUUGUUUGAAGGGUGGUGCUGGACCGAGAGUUUUGGGGAAUGUAUUGUAUUGUAUUGGAGAGUUGGUGGGGAGGAGGGGGAGAUGUAUUUGUGAAAUUUUCAUUUUCCUUGUGUGUUUUUUUUUUCCCUUGUAGUUUAAUUAAUAAAUUCUUCUUUAUUUCUAAGUGGGAGCCUGCUUUGCUUAUUCCUGGUCACAGCUCACAGUAGAAACGAGGGAGAGGGUAUUUUCAUGGCGGCACUGGCAUUAUGCCAGUGUCAAACCAUGACACUCUGUCACUGUUGUUUUUGUUUGUGCUACUGCAUUUGUAUUUUUAAUUUUUCCUAAUAAAGAACUGUUAUUUCUACUCCCA